UUUGUAGUAUACCAUUGCCAAAGCUAAAAAUGUCAGAUUCCGUGCUUGCCCUUCCAUGUAUCACGUAAAAACAAUUAAGAUUGAACCAUAAAAGCUAAAGAUAUCUCUCAAUUCUCAACCAAAGUGAGUGUUUUUUUCUUGGUCUUGGUUAGCUUCGUCUUCUUCUUAGGAAUCCAUAGAGGCCAAUAUAUCAUUCUGAGCUUUCCUAGAUCAAACAAAGAGGGAACUAGCUCAUCCGAUGGGGGAGAUGAACAAUUUGAAACCCUCAUUUUUGAGCUCCGAUGGGAGUUUGGCUGUUCAUGCUGGUGAAAGAUUAUGUCGUGAAAUAAAUACGACUUCGAUCACGACCCCUGUAGUAAACACAACGACAUACUUCUUCAAGAACACUUCCGAGCUGGUUGACUUCAAGGAGCAACGGAUUGUAUGUCACGAGUAUACUCGUUAUGGAAGCCCAACAACUAUGGUACUUGAAGAAAAGAUUAGUGCACUUGAAGGUGCUGAAUCAACUUUGGUAGUGGCAUCGGGAAUGUGUGCAAUUAGUGUUAUGCUUUUGGCAUUGGUUCCUACAAAUGGUCAUAUUGUGACAACUACAGAUUGUUACAAGGAGACAAGGAUGAUCAUGGAGACUUUUCUUCCCAAAUUGGGAAUUACCGUGACUUUCAUUGACUCUGCUGAUACUGCAAAGCUCGAAGCUGUAGUGAAUGAACAUAAUGUUUCUAUGUUCUUUACUGAGUCCCCAACAAACCCAUUUCUUCGAUGUGUGGACAUUAAGUUAGUGUCAGAAAUCUGUCACAAAAGAGGAACUCUUGUUUGUAUAGACGGUACCAUUGCAACACCUUUGAAUCAAAAGGCACUUGCUCUUGGUGCUGAUCUUAUUCUCCAGUCUGGUACUAAGUACAUUGGAGGCCACAAUGAUGUUCUUGCUGGAUGCAUAUCUGGCUCAACGAAGUUGAUUUCUAAGAUUCGCAUUUUGCAUCAACUUUUGGGAGGCACGCUUAAUCCUAAUGCCGCAUAUUUACUCAUCCGAAGCAUGAAGACGAUGCAUCUUCGCGUAAAACAACAUAAUUCAAAUGCUUUGAGGAUGGCCCAAGUGUUAGAAGCACAUCCCAAGAUAGCCUUUUCAAGUGGAUCAUCAUAUCUCCUCAAAAAUGGAUUCACUGUAAUCGUGUUAGGUAAGUCGCGUUUACUACCCGGGCCUUCCGAGUCAUCCCGAACAUCUCAUAGCCAAGCGACAAAUGACUGGUUUUGGGGGUCUGGUCACAUUCGAGGUUGCUGGAGAUCUCAAGAAGACAAUCAAGUUCAUCGAUUCUCUGAAGAUCCCAUACAUUGCAACAUCUUUUGGUGGAUGCGAGAGCUUCGUGGACCAACCUGCCACAAGGAACUGGGAUGUACCACGAGAAGAAAGGCUCAAAUAUGAACUCAACGACAACUUAGUUCGUUUCAGUUUUGGUAUUGAAGACUUUGAUGACAUCAAGGCUGACGUUCUUCAAGCUUUAGAUACCAUCUAAAUAAAUGCUGAUGUUUUGUAAACGAAGCUGUUUCCAAAACAUUCACAAACACGUGUACCAUUUGUUUUAUUUCUAUUUCAACAAAGUUUUUAAUAAUUUCAAAUGAAAAUGUUUUUUUUUUUUUAACUUUUUUUUUAAAGUGUGUGUUCCUAUAUAUUGAUCAAUUUAUGCA